GCCUUUGAGCUUCUGCUAGGACCGGCUGCCCAACAGGCCAUUUUUCUGUUUCAGUCCGCGUCACAGUGCUAGUAGUAUAUAUCAACGCUGAUGUGUACGUUCGUUUUGACGUUUGUCGUUUUGCCGACGCGUUUCUGCAAACCAUUUUUUACGCGCCGGAUAUAACGCGAUUUCGCGCUGACACACUGAGGCGCAUCCGCCGCCGCCACGCCGCCACGCUGCCAAUGACUAGUGACAGUAAAAACACAGUGCAAUUAAAUACUGUUACACAUACAAAUUUACCGUCGUCCACAUGUGAUUUGAUUUGCAUAUGAGUGGUCGCUGAGUACUUUAAGCGUUUUACUAAUUAAUGUAGAAAAACAAAAAAAAAACAAAAAUUCGUAUAAUGAGUAUACACUUAGUCACAUGCUGUGUUUGUGUGUGUGAUCUUUUGCGUUGUUGAGCGUGAAAAGAAUUACGAAAAUUGAGUACUUAUACAUUUGGUGCUAAUUACCUAGACGAGCAUGAUGCGUUCGGGCAGUCCACUUCCACGUCCCGCCAGUCCGGCUAUAUCCGAGAUUUCAGUGGGUUCUCCGAGCCCACCACUGCUUGCCGCCAUGCAUAGUCUAAGACAACAAAAUGGUUUAACCGCUUUCCGGCCAAUUGGUAUAAAACGCCCGCGACUCGCCGACUUACAUAACCAGCGCUCAGUCUUGUUGGUCGAUGAUGGUUUUCAAUUAACUACCGAUCAAGCGCCACAGCCAUUGCAACGCCGCAGAUCGACCGCUGAGCGUGUGAAAAGCUUUUCGAUCGCCGAUAUUUUGGGUAAGCAUGAUGCUGCAGCGCGUUCGCCGACCCCAUCGCGUACACCAACACCGCCGCCCUUGGCAGUACCGCUGGCGCUUAGCAAAACCGUUAGCGCUGCUGAACCAGCAACUUUGCCGAUUUUACCGCGGCCACAACCCACGGCGCCUACUACAGUGCUACCAGCACAAGUCCUAUCCGAACGCUUGGCGCCCACUGUACCGCCACCACCGCCACUAGUCAUGCCGCCAGCGCAACUGCUGCUCGAUGCGCACGCCAUUCCUAAGUCAUCGGCGCAUGCUUGGCAAGCAAUGCGUGCUGGCGCUGCGAUUCCCAUGCCGCUGCGUCCCUUUUUGCCGCCCGCGCUCUUGCACUAUGAACAGCGUCUGGCGUGGGAUUAUCAGCGCCAAUUGCAGGAGCACUUUCAAGCACAGGCGCAACUCUUACGCCAAAUGAGUAUGGAUCCCUCGAUAAUACCUUCGGAAGAUGGCUCGGAGCGCUCACAUUCCAGCUCGGCGGGUAGUGAAUGCUGCUCGCCUACUUUGAGUGCCGCAGAUGGGGUUUCGACGAACGGUGGUGAUGAUAAAUCGGGGGACAAAGUGCGAAAGGAACGCACUGAGAAUGCUACGACGGGAGAAAAAGCUAAAAAAGCUGCGGGAGACACGCCACUCGAUGCUCUGUUUCAACUAUCAACCAAAAAUUUCGAUGACGGUACAGAUCCCGCCACGUUGAAUAUAUUUUCGACACGUCCGAAUCCAAAGAAGAAACGUAAAUCCCGCACUGCCUUCACCAAUCAUCAAAUCUUUGAGCUGGAGAAACGUUUCCUCUACCAAAAGUACUUAUCACCAGCUGAUCGUGAUGAGAUCGCCGCCUCGCUGGGACUCUCCAAUGCACAAGUGAUCACUUGGUUCCAGAACCGACGUGCCAAGCUGAAGCGUGACAUGGAGGAGCUGAAGAAGGACGUUGAAACUGUGAAACAAUUACCCGACCAGUCAGCAGACAUCAGCAGCCAACAAUAUCAGGUGGCAUGCCGGCAACGCUUGCAGCAGCAUCAACAACAUUUAAUGGCCACACUCAGCAAUCAACACACGUUGGCCGCGCAUCAUCACAUGCUGCCAAUAUCGCCGUUAUCCUGUCUGCAAGCGCAGUCACCCACACAGCAGCUGCGGCACAAUUACCCGCACAAACACAACAACAAUACGAAUGCGCAGUCACCGAUGUAUCCGCUAAAGUUGCCAACAACAACAAGCGUAGCAGCAACGACAGCAGCGGCGAGUACGAAAAUGAAGUCGCAACUGCCAGCGCAUACACAAGCGACGCCACCAACGCUUACCAACCAAGGCUGCAGCAGCUCCACAACAGCCGAGGAUAAGAAGGAGCUGAAAAUGCUGAAGAUGAUGACACUCAUGUAUUAUACCAGCCGUGCUCAAGCCGAUGCUGCAGCGACGUCGGCGUCUGGGGAUGCCAUCGCUCUCUGCGGCAGAGCGGCUGCCAAUGGCAACGCCGCUAACGGUGGUGGCGUACACGCUGAGCGAACGCCGUGCAAAUUCAAUGCCAAUUAGGCGAACGCGAGGAAACCUCGGCAUUAUUUGUAUUAGCCCAAUUUGUAAAUGUUACUUAAGUAGAAAGAUAUAGACAUAUGUAUGAUGAUAUAUGCGGUUAAGUCCACAUGUAGUAUUACCAAAUAAUGAUGUAUAUCUUUAUGUAAGUCAGCUUAUGUAUGUGUCUGUAUGUUGACACACAUUCUCAUGCAUGUAGAUACAGUUACUAUGACAAUUGCCAAAAUCGUGAAAUUGCAACAACAGCAAAUGUAGGUCAUUAAGCUAUGCUUGUGCGUAUCGUAGAUUAUGUAAGAAAGUGCUUAAUGAGUUAGGAAAUAAGACUCUAAACACACAUGUAUGUAAAUGUAUUCGAUUUCAAAAUUAUGUAGUUAGUUAUGUAAGCGCAAUUGUGAUUUUUGCUUUUUAAUUUAAUUAAAUUAAUAUGUUCCAAAUAUAAGAUA